CUCCCUGGAGGCUCAAUGAAAGGACGAUCAUGGUAUCAACCUCAAGUACAGCACACAGUCAUCUACUGAAAUUAUGUACAAAGACAUUCUCAUAAAAAUAUUCUCAUAAAUGGUUCUAUUGGGAAAACACAAUCUUACUGAAUGCAGAUAUGUUUAAGAUUCUUGAUAUAAUAAGUAAAUAUACAUAAACAUCUGUAUAAGGACAUUACCUAGUAGCUAAAUCUGGUUCAAUACGUCUCUUCCCUGGUGUGAGGUAAUGUUUUUUGUUUGUUUGUUUUUGUACACGGUCUCUGCCUCCCUGCUGUUUCUCAGCAGCCCUGCAUCUCGUGAUAAUUGGCGGACAGACGUCUGGGCUCCCAGGUUAAUUUUAAUCCGUCUAGGGAGCGUCUGUAAGAUGAGCGCUUCUCCUGCUGCGCAUGAAGGAUGCUGCACGCUUCAUUUAUUCAACCACCUGACUUCCAACCACUGAAUCUAUCAUCAAUCAAAAACUGGAUAUCUCUCUAUGACCCACACCCUUUCCUUUAUUUGCAGUUUGUAGAGCGAUUUUAUCCGCCCAGAACAACCCACAGACAACUGAAAAAAACCGAGUCUGUAUCUACUAUAAAUCCAUGUAACCUACGUAAAUUACUCAAGUAGCCUAUAUAACGCCCCGCAUUUUAUGUGCUGUUUCAAUUACCGCAAAUCAAAAUUAAUGUCUAUGGUAUUUUCCUGUUAAGCCUCAAUUGAUGACAAACUAACACUUAAAAUGCACAGUAGUACAAUAACAGAGAGCACCAAUUGCAAAUUAACGUCGUAUUCAAAAUUUGUCACAACUCUGUAAUUUUCGUCGGAAAAUGUUGAUUCGGCGGCUUGAUUUAACACUUAAUGGGGUUUUGUUCUCUAUAAUCUGCAGAACCAAGCAUAUCCAGACGUGAUCGUGUCCGACAAUGAAUUCUUCGCCUAUGGCUGUGUCCUCUGUUGAACUCUUAGCGGCAACUUCUCCUGGUCCCUCGUUGUGAUGCUGUACAGCAGCGGGUGCGCGCAAUUACGCAACACCCCCGCCUGUCCUGUGCGCUAUAACCGGAUCAGCGUCUGUCCUCAGCCUCUCCGGUCCUGCAGCCAACCUGACACCGGCCAGCUCUCAGGUACGACAAAGUACAUAAAAUAAUGCAUGAGGGGAGGGAGAGUGUAUUUUAAAAUGUAACCAGGAGGAUAAAUUUGCGUUUUGUUUAGCGACUCGGUCUCCACGCAGUGCAUUGGGAAUAUUGUUGUGAUGCAGAAACGAGGGCAGGCGGCUGGUAGCGAAUACGCAUCCAGGCGUCAGUAAGCGGGCAGAUGGCAGAUGAUAGAACAUGGCGGAGGGUUAACAUUUCUAUUAAAUCCCUCAGACAUUAUAUUUACCGGUGUACUAUUUUUUACGCAUUAUCCGCGGCUUUAUCAUCUUUUGUACAUUGACGCGCACUGCGGCAGCUGUUGUGACGUUAUAUAUUAGGGAUGAGUUGUACGCGCAUGUAAAUUGUUAUCUGCCCUGGCACUGAGUACACCUGAUCAAGUCUGGUCAAGAUCAAGUAGGGAUUCAUGUUACAGUUGGAUUAAGCUACUGUCCUUUCUGCCUGGUGCAAACUAGAUUCAGCUAGAAUACUGUGUAAUAAAUCACCACUCACUCAAAAGAAAACUUUUGUGGUGGAUGUGAGUGCUUCUAUUCAGGAUUAUCACUAUAACUCUCCUGCACAGUUCACAACAAACAAUGUGUCCUCUUCCUCUGCAUUAACCUGUGUGCAGUGCACUGCAGUGUCUGAGAAAUGGCUGCUACACUAUCAGGAGACAAGACCUGACAAAAUGGUGGAUUCUGACUUGGAAUGAAACGCGUAGUAGAGUCUGGCUGUGAAAAAAGGCACGGUGCUGUGAAACAUCAGAGCCUUGUUGUCAGUGCACAGUAGAGCGGAGCGGUGGGCAGGCUGGAUGUGAAAGAGGAGAGCAGGGGUGUGGAUGGAUAGAGGAAUAGAGAGCAGGAGAGGCAGAGGGUUAUUGUGCUUGGCGCAGUUCAGUGACCAUUGAUACCAUCCUUAAUCUUCUGAGAUACACUACUUAUGUAAACAUCUAUUGCCAGAUAAGAGCCCUCAUGCUCUGUAAUUUCAGUUAAACACAUCCAGGACUGAGCAGACAGUGCAGUCACUUUGUUUGUGGGCUGAAUUAAAAAAAGAUGAAGUCAUGUCUCCCUCCUUGUGCAGAAUUUUAAUGUCAUUUCAAAUUCUUUCUGCGCCAGUCACUCGGGGAGGCAUUAGCACUCUACUAGUGUUUUUAUCCCUAGUGCUGCAAUACUUUUUCUGAAUCUCCAGCUGCAUGAUCUAACAUAACCUGUUCAGACAGUGUUAAAUUGCAAAAUGCAAACGCCACUAUACCACCAACAAAUUAUUUUUUUCAACCCUCAAAGAAUAUAUGCUCACACAAAACCUUUUAGUGUCCGUAAAUCAUAAUAACAAGGGCAUGAAAGGUUUGUUUACUGCCCUGCAAACCAUCUGUUUACCCCAAUGACUGUAACUUAAUACUGGUUUUAGCAGACUGUCUCGUGACAUCAACCAGCUCCAGUCACCAUGGGAAAGGAGAAACUCCACAUCAAUAUUGUUGUGAUCGGCCAUGUGGACUCUGGCAAGUCCACCACCACAGGCCACCUCAUCUACAAGUGCGGGGGUAUUGACAAGAGAACCAUCGAGAAGUUUGAGAAGGAAGCUGCUGAGAUGGGGAAAGGAUCGUUCAAGUAUGCCUGGGUGCUGGACAAGUUGAAGGCAGAGAGGGAGCGUGGCAUUACCAUCGACAUCUCACUGUGGAAGUUUGAAACCAGCAAGUACUAUGUGACCAUCAUCGAUGCCCCAGGUCACAGGGACUUCAUCAAGAACAUGAUCACUGGGACCUCCCAGGCUGAUUGUGCUGUGCUGAUUGUAGCAGCCGGUGUGGGAGAGUUCGAGGCAGGUAUUUCCAAGAAUGGACAGACUCGUGAGCACGCCCUCCUGGCCUACACUCUGGGAGUAAAGCAGCUCAUUGUAGGCAUCAACAAGAUGGACUCCACUGAGCCAAACUACAGCCAGAAGCGAUAUGAGGAAAUAGUGAAGGAAGUGAGCACCUACAUCAAGAAGAUUGGCUACAAUCCGGACACCGUUGCCUUUGUGCCCAUAUCAGGCUGGAAUGGAGACAACAUGCUUGAGCCCAGCCCCAACAUGACGUGGUUUAAGGGCUGGAAGAUUAAUAGGAAGGAAGGCAAUGCAUCAGGGACUACGCUACUGGAAGCUCUGGACGCCAUCCAGCCCCCCACCCGUCCAACAGACAAACCUCUUCGUCUGCCCCUGCAAGAUGUCUACAAGAUAGGAGGUAUUGGAACAGUGCCUGUAGGCCGUGUGGAAACGGGCAUCCUAAAACCUGGCAUGGUGGUAACCUUUGCCCCCGUCAAUGUGACCACUGAGGUGAAGUCUGUGGAGAUGCACCAUGAGGCACUGACAGAGGCCCUCCCUGGUGACAACGUGGGCUUUAAUGUUAAGAACGUGUCUGUCAAGGACAUUCGCCGUGGUAACGUGGCUGGUGACAGCAAGAAUGACCCACCGCAGGAAGCAGCCAACUUCACUGCUCAGGUGAUCAUCCUUAAUCACCCAGGCCAGAUCAGUGCUGGUUAUGCUCCUGUGCUGGACUGUCACACUGCUCACAUCGCCUGCAAGUUCGCAGAGCUCAAGGAAAAGAUUGACCGCCGCUCUGGCAAGAAGCUGGAGGACAACCCCAAAUCCCUUAAGUCUGGAGAUGCUGCCAUUGUGGAUAUGAUUCCUGGCAAGCCCAUGUGUGUUGAGAGCUUCUCUGAGUACCCUCCACUGGGUCGUUUUGCAGUGCGCGACAUGCGUCAGACUGUGGCCGUCGGUGUGAUCAAGGGCGUGGAGAAGAAGGUCUCCACCACUGGUAAAGUUACCAAGUCCGCCCAGAAGGCCCAGAGGAACAAAUGAAUGUUGUGCUACUCUGCCGACCCCAAGGUCUCCCAGGGCAGGACAUCGGUCAUCCAACUCCAUCCUACAAUUGGCUGCUUCAACUUAAUAAUCAAAGACUGGUUAAUCAUCACAAUGCAUCGCAAAAGCAUUCGAAGGAAAGAAGCACACUUAGUACACUUUAGUCCUUGAGGCGGCACUCCUGACUUCAUUUCAGUGGUUAGAUUACCAUUACGUACAAUGUAAUAUCAAAUGGAUAGUUUUAAAUGUGCUCUGUUGAUUUCAUUCAUGGCAAUACCUUUCUGUGAUAUUGAUAUUGACAUACUGAACAAUUAGAGGUAUUUUAAUGUAUCACCUCUCUAGCUCUCUGGAGUGCAGGUACUGGUCUCUUUACAUGGUACAUGUUGUCUUGCUUUUAGUGUUUGUUUGCAACUACAUGGUGCUCUGUAGGAGCCUAUGGAAAGAAGUUAAAACUAUGUUCUUCUGAGUAGUAGAUUAGUAGAACUUAGUGAUUUGUUGUGUUUAAGCUUUAAAAAAGCAUUUUAAACAAAUGGUCUGAAUUUGUCCUUCCUGAGGGACUCCAAGUAGGCCACCUGAUUCUUAAAGCACUUUGAUUGGCAUUUUGCUAUCUUUGCACUUGCACUGGAUAAGUUGAUAUUGACAUAAGCUACUGCACCUUAUUGUAAGAUGGCACAAGCCUCUUUGCAACAUUAAACAUGUUUCAACCAACAUGUUGGGCUGAAGUCUUCAGUCAUUUUUCUGUGUGACACAAAGAAAAGACAAGGCAGCAGAUGCCUUUAACUUUCCAAUCUUAUAGAACAGUUCUCAUUAAAAAAAACCCAUACUCAAUCAGUCCAUUGUAAUUCUUUCAAUAUACAAUGUUGUCCACAAGAUGUAGCUAUUGCUUUAGGAAUAAAAUAGGAAUUGAUGAAGAAAUCUGCCAU